UGCUAUUUUUAUUUAUUUUUUUGCGUUACAAGCCCCCGUGGCCUGUCAUCAGGAUCGUACUGGAACGUUCCUCAAUACGAACCGCGCUAAUUUGAGCAGCAUGACUAUCUCAAGGUAUACAACAUUACCAAAGACCUUGACAGGUCGUGAUGACAUGCGCUGUCACACCCGGAGAGUGGGACACGUGGCAUGUCACAACAUCCUCCUGCUUAGGACCUCAGCGGGCUGGUGUGUAAACGUCAACGCCAGAGAUUAAUCAGUCUGGAUUAUCUGCCGAGUAGAUUCCAUUGGGCGUAAAAUUAACAACAUUCGCAAUCCAAACAUGGAACAAGGGGACCCUGCAAAGGAAACGCUGGUAAUAGAACACGAAGACGAUAACACCGGAAAUGACGUCGACAAUAACGAACAGCCGGAAUUGGCGUCAUAUGGCGAUGGUGGAACUCGCCCGACAUGCCUCCAGCGACUGGCCAACAUAAACGUUUUCACGGGAACCAUAUCAAUCACUGUCCUACUGACGUCGACGUUGAGUACCUACGUAAACUCACAGGUCACCACGUUGGAGAAACAAUUCGGGCUGAGCAGUUCCGAGACGGGGUUCCUGAUGGCAAGUAACGACAUUGGGUACAUCACCGUUGGAAUCUUUAUCAGCUAUUUUGCUCCACGGGUACAUAUACCCCGCUUCAUGGCUGUCUUCACCGUCCUGUUUGGCAUUUCCGGUAUCGUUUGCAGUUUGCCUCAUUUUCUGUAUGGUGCGGAGCAAAACAUUGGCGAAAGCCAAUCAGAGAAUAACACUGUCAUGAGAAAUAAUUUCAUUGGUCAGUUGUGUGUGAAAUCUAACCAGUCAGGAAUCGAUUUGUGUGAUUCAAAUGAAACACGAGGCCCCAAACCCCGCGACCACGCUACAGCAGCUGUGGCCAUUAUAGCUGUAGGGAUGAUUGUUCAAGGAAUCGCCAAAGCACCAAGGCACCCCUUCCUAGUUACCUUUGUUGACGACAAUGUUGUCAAGACCAAAACGGGCUACUAUGUCGGGAUCAUCAUCACCAUCGCCAUCAUGGGACCCGUGAUCUCCUAUUCUCUUGGGAGUCUGUUCUCAAGACUAUACGUUACACUCGAGGCAACUGACCUUCAUCCCCGCCAUCCAAAAUGGGUGGGAGCCUGGUGGUUGGGAUACAUCGUGUUCGGAGCGGCCGCCAUCGUGGCUGCCUUCCCAGUGUUCCUCUUCCCGCGCAGACUCCGAGGAGCUCCCACUCGAGAAGAGCCAGUGCGCAAGACAACAGAAGUCGUUAAUGGAGACACAAAAAGGUUUCAAGCCAUGAAAGAAAUCAAAACUUAUUUCCGUUUACUGAGAAGCAUCUUGUCCAAUCCUAUAUUCAUGCUGCUGCUUUGCGCUACAAUAAGUCUCGUCUUUGGUGUCGGGGGGUUGCACUCCUUCAUGCCAAAAUACAUCGAGAACCAGUUUGGCCUUGAAGCAUGGAAAGCAAAUCUCAUCAUGGCUGGUCUCGGCCUGUCGACAGCCACUGUUGGGACAUUUGUUGGAGGUUGUUUGACAAAGAGGUUCAAGAUGGGGCCGAUGGUUGCCCUCAAGGUCACCGCCAUUUUGUUUUUUGGAGUCGUGGUGUUUUAUGGUCUAGGCUUUGUAUUUGGAUGUGAACAACCAGAAAUUCUCAACACGCCGGGAUCAGCAUCGAACACUUGUCCCGCCGGAUGUCCGUGCAAUGACCUUGAGUACUUUCCUGUGUGUGGGUCGGACAGUCGGAACUACUUUUCUCCUUGUCAUGCUGGAUGCGGUUACCAUGAAAAAGGGAUCUACACGAACUGCACGUGCAUCCCCGGGGGUGAGGCGACAGCGGGGUCUUGUGAGUACAACUGCCCGUUAGCUUACCCAUACUUCAUCUCCAUCGGUAUGUCCUUCCUGCUGUCAACUAUGGCCAUCAUGCCCAAGAUAAUAGCUGAGAUCAGAUGUGUGACUGAGGAAGAGAAGUCGCUGUCCAUCGGUGUGACGACCGUCUUAGCGUCAUUGUUUGGAUGGUUGCUGUCACCUGUAAUAGUCGGCCGAAUCAUUGAUUCAAGUUGCCUCAUAUGGGAUUCAGUCUGCGGCGAAAGGGGCGCAUGCGUACUCUACAAUAUGGCCGACUUCCGGAUCAAACUCCAUGGCGUUGUUUUGGGAGCACGCGGGACCUCGUUCGUGUUUACAUUUCUUGCAUGUCUUGUGGCAAUAAAGACUAAAAAGUGGAAAUUAAAAGAGGAAAAGGAAUCAUUGAAAGAUUAGGAAUUACUGAAAGAAGUGCCAGGUUUUUUUGUGUAUAAACAGUCCUCCGACAGUUGAUUAUAUUUAGAUUCCUCCUUGGUGACUAUAAGAGAUAAUACAGUAAUUGGCAUAUCAUCGCAAUGGUUGAGGUAAUGUCGGUAUAAUAUUGACACAACUACUUGUAAAGCAAUAGUAAUGUCAUGGUAUAAUGACUACAUAUAACGUCUCACAGUAUAUUAUUUAGGAGAGAGAGAAACGUUGUGUUUAUAUUGUAAAGCAAUGUUACCUGUAGAUCUAACCGCACUACACUUAAUUUGACCGAAGGUGCAGUGUGCCCUCUAUUGCAAUCAGAGGUGGAUAUUGUGAUUUGAAACCUUUUGGUUGUUAUUGUGAUUUGAAACCACUGAUUGACCUGAAUCGCGAAAUUCCAAAUUCAUGGUAGAAUUUGCAAUAACCUACAUGAUAUUAAUAUAAACCGCCGAAACAGAUUCCACUGGGCGUAAAAGGCAAAAUAUUGGUGAAGGCUUUCACACCCUAGAUUCAUCUGAUCUCUUCGGACCUCCGAGUAUUGCUGAUAUUAGUGAUUGAAUGUUUUACUGUAUUUUUGGAUAAAACGAAUGGUUCAUUAAACGAGUAUCAGUGAG